AAACAACAGUUGGUGCGUCUCAAACGGGAUAUAGCCCCCUCCGUAGGGCCCAAUUCGGGAAGGGGACACAAUACAAAACGUCUCUUCAAGUAAAGAGACAUUUCUUUUUAUUCAUUGCACCUUUUGCCAAGUGAAUUUUAAACGGACACAUUAAGAGGUACAAUUGUGUUUUUCCCUUUAGAGUUUACACAUCAAGAGCUUUAUUCUUAGAAGGGAGUAGGGCAUAGGGACGAUCACUUACGAAAGAAACGCAGAGAGUGACUAGCGAGUUACAAAAGACUUCCCGACCCCGUGGAUAGAAGUUCAUCACAACAUGGCAUGGAGAAGUAACUUUAAUAAAUGGACAAAACUAGAUUCAAUUAAUGGAUCUUCAUUGUUUUCAAAAAACACAAGAUGUAACUUAAAUCCUCAGCAAAGAUGCGGCUUCCGGAAAGCUCAGCGACAAUCCGAAACAAAGCGGUCUCAUCCAGAGGAGGCAGAUGCAGGGGGAUAUAAAGAUGGUGUGCGGUCCCAGCCAGGGGCACCUGUGCCACUCAUGAAACCAGAUCAACUUUUCAGGCCCCUGGUGUUCACUGUGGGGUUUACAGGCUGCUCGUUUGGCGUAGCUGCCAUCUUGCAGUAUGAAUCGGUAAAGUCACGAGUGCAGAUGGCCAUGGAAGAGGAAAAUAAGGAGCAACAGGACAAGCUUCUUCAGGCUCAUGACACAACAUACUGGCACAACUGGUGGAAUCAGCUGUCAGAUUUCCAGAAGCAAGUGAUUCUUGUCAUGUCUGGCAUCGAAGAGUGGUGGAGUGGGCUCAGUGAAGGACAGAAGACUGUCACAGGUAUCAUAGCAAUAAACACUGUGGUAUUGUGUUGUUGGCGAAUACCUUCAAUGCAGCGCACCAUGGUCAAGUACUUCACCUCUAACCCUGCCUCCAGGACACGGUGCUUUCCCAUGGUCCUCUCUUCCUUUAGUCACUACUCUAUCAUUCACAUGAUGGCUAAUAUGUAUGUGCUGUGGACAUUCUCCACUAGCAUUGUCUCCCUACUCGGGAAGGAGCAGUUUCUGGCCCUUUACCUGUCUGGAGGUGUUAUCUCCACUUUCGCCAGUUACGUUUUCAAGACAUCUACGGGACUUAUGGGCCCUUCUCUUGGAGCGUCAGGGGCCAUCAUGACUAUAUUGGCUGCUGUCUGCACCAAGAUACCAGAAGCUAAGCUAGGCAUCAUCUUACUUCCUGUAGUCAGCUUCAGUGCUGGAAAUGCUUUGAAAGCUGUUGUUGCCAUGGAUACAGCUGGUCUUCUCUUAGGCUGGAGGUUUUUCGACCAUGCAGCCCAUCUUGGGGGUGCUCUGUUCGGAGUAUGGUACAUCCUUUAUGGUAAUGAGAUGAUCUGGAGAAAACGUGAGCCACUGGUUAAGUUCUGGCAUGCGUUAAGGAAUAGGUCGCCUGGGAAAGCCCCUCCUGGUGGAGGUGGGGGGCAAGUUUAGAGGGGUAGCAAACUCAUAUUAAACCCAUACCAAGUGUAAGCGGAUGUUCCAGUUCAUGUUGAUUGUAAACUCAAACUUUUCCCUCAAAUUUUAUGAUGAUAUUAUUUGUAAUAAUUAUAUGUUUAUAUAUAAUUUGAAAAAAAACAUAUUUAUUAGAGAAUGAACAUCAAAAAAAUGUUCAGUUCUCAGAAGAUGUAUUGAGAGAAGUAUAGGAAAAUAAAGUCAUUCACAUGCUGUUA